GGGUGCCUGUGCUCAUGCCAUUGCCAUUGCCAUUGCCAUGCUGCGUGCCGCUGUUGCCCGUGCUUCACCUGCGCUGCGCCCCCCUGCUCCACUCCAUCCUAGUAGCUCUACAGCUUCGAGUAGCUCGCUCUCACUCGCGCUCUCUACCGCUCCGGCUCGCUGAGACCCUGACCCUGUGUCCCUGUCUAUAUAUACACGCGCGCCCCCUUUCCGGGCAUCCCUUUUCCUCCCGCCCGCGCCCCCGUCUUUUCCUUUCCGCGUGCCCUAAUUUCUCGCUGCGCCUUGUCCCCCACACCUCCCUCCCUCCGCCGCUGGUGCUCUCUCCUCCUAUACAUACAAACACAUACACACAAGCUCGCUCGCUCGCUCACGGGCUGUGAGAGAGGCCGUGGAAAGGAAUCUUUCAGCUCACACCUCCCUAUCCCUCCCUCCCUCCCUCCCUUCUCCUCCUACUGCUACUGCUCGCCAGGUCCCCUCGCUCGCUCGUCGUCUUCAACCUCACACAAUUAUUUGUGCUCCCGCUCCUUCCGUCCGUCCUUCCUCCCCCCUCCCCUCUCCCGCUCCUGCUGCCUUGCCUCUCAGCCGAGGGACGCCAAGGUCUCUGCCAGGAUGGUGUAGGCCGUGCCUCUCGCGCAUUAUGAGGUGUGGUGGUGAGGGAUGGGCGAUGGCCUUUGCAGAUGAAGGAGCGACAGCGCUGGCGGCCUGAGGAAGACGCCGUCCUGCGCGCCUACGUCCGGCAGUACGGCCCCCGCGAGUGGCACCUGGUGUCGCAGCGCAUGAACGUGGCCCUCGACCGCGACGCCAAGUCGUGCCUGGAGCGCUGGAAGAACUACCUCCGCCCCGGGAUCAAGAAGGGCUCGCUCACCGAGGAGGAGCAGCGCCUGGUGAUCCGCCUGCAGGCCAAGCACGGCAACAAGUGGAAGAAGAUCGCCGCCGAGGUGCCCGGGCGCACGGCCAAGCGCCUCGGCAAGUGGUGGGAGGUGUUCAAGGAGAAGCAGCAGCGGGAGCUGAGGGACAGCCGCCGCCCGCCGCCGGAGCCUAGCCCCGACGAGCGGGGCAGGUACGAGUGGCUGCUCGAGAACUUCGCGGAGAAGCUCGUCGGAGAGAGGCCACAGCAGGCUGCCGCUGCGCCGUCGCCGCUGCUCAUGGCCGCGCCCGUGCUGCCGCCCUGGCUGUCGUCCAACGCCGGGCCGGCCGCCGCCGCCGCCGCCGCCGUCGCGCACCCGCCGCCAAGACCGCCGUCGCCGUCCGUGACGCUCAGCCUCGCGUCCGCCGCGGUGGCGCCGGGCCCGCCCGCGCCCGCGCCAUGGAUGCCGGAUCGCGCCGCGGCCGACGCGGCGCCGUACGGGUUCCCGAGCCCGUCGCAGCACGGCGGCGCCGCGCCCCCGGGCAUGGCGGUCGUGGACGGGCAGGCGCUGGCGGAGCUCGCCGAGUGCUGCCGCGAGCUGGAGGAGGGGCGGCGCGCGUGGGCGGCGCACCGGCGGGAGGCUGCGUGGCGGCUGAAGCGCGUGGAGCAGCAGCUGGAGAUGGAGCGCGAGAUGCGGCGGCGCGAGGUGUGGGAGGAGUUCGAGGCCAAGAUGCGCACCAUGCGGCUGGAGCAGGCGGCCGCCGCGGAGCGCGUGGAGCGGGACCACCGGGAGAAGGUUGCCGAGCUCCGCCGCGACGCGCAGGUCAAGGAGGAGAAGAUGGCCGAGCAGUGGGCCGCCAAGCACGCGCGCGUCGCCAAGUUCGUCGAGCAGAUGGGGGGGUGCUCCCGUUCAUGGUCCUCUGCCACCGACAUGAACUGUUGAACUGGACAAACGAGCCGCUGACCACACCGUCGCUAGCUAUCGCGUGCUACGUGCUCCGGUUCACGGCUUUCUUGCAUUCUGGGACGCGACUUGUAAACGCCAUGGAUUUUCUUGCUCACGUUCACUUCCGCUUUCUUUCUUUCUUUUUUUCUUUUCUUUUUAUUUACAACUGUUGUUACGGUCGGUUCAGUGCUUCUCUCUCUAUCUACUAGUAGUUGAUCAGAGUCAAGAAAUGUAAUGCUGCCGUUACUGUCGUAGUUUCAUCCUC